AUGGAUGGCAAUCAAACGGUUCGUGCAACCUCGGACGACCCGAAAGUCCCUCUUCUUCCAAUUCACAGAUCACAGAGUUUCAAUUCACGUAUUCAAUCCAUUUUCACUCUGAAAAAUUUCUUCAUUUUGCUGGGACCAUUACUCUGCGGCAUAAUCUGUGUGUUUGUAAACAUUAAUGGCGGCAAGGACGCCAGCAGAAAUAUGCUGGCGGUGCUGGCGUGGGUGUUCUCUUGGUGGCUGACGGAGGCCGUGCCAAUGCCUAUAACUUCGAUGUCUCCCAUGUUUCUAUUUCCGCUCUUCGGAAUUUCAGACGCAGAUGAUGUCGCCCAUGCUUACAUGGAUGAUGUGAUUGUGCUUGUUAUUGGAAGCUUCAUUCUCGCACUUGCUGUUGAGCAUUACAAUAUUCAUAGGAGGUUAGCCAUGAAUAUCACAAUCCUAUUUUGUGGUGAUCCAUUGAGUCCACCACUUCUCCUACUUGGAAUAUGUGCCACGACAGCAUUCGUGAGUAUGUGGAUGCACAACGUAGCAGCAGCUGUGAUGAUGAUGCCAGUGGCCACUGGAAUUCUACAGAGGUUACCAACGGAUCCCACUCAGUCAAAUCUCGUUUCCAAAUUCUGUAAAGCAGUUGUUUUGGGGGUAAUAUACUCUGCGGCAAUUGGAGGGAUUAGUACACUUACUGGAACGGGUGUUAACCUCAUAUUGGUUGGCAUGUGGAAGAGUUAUUUUCCGGAAGCUGAUCCUAUUAGCUUCAGUACUUGGUUUUUCUUUGGUUUCCCAUUGGCAGUGGUGAUAUUUAUUGCUCUGUGGUGCAUACUUUGCUGCUUGUAUAUCAGAAAGGGAUCUGGAGAGGCUCUUUCUGCCUAUUUGGACAAAGCCCAUUUGAAGAGGGAACUCGAAUUGCUAGGUCCAAUGGCAUUUGCCGAAAAGAUGGUAUUGAUGGUAUUUUCGAUAUUAAUAGUGUUAUGGAUGACAAGGAACAUAACUGAUGAUAUACCUGGUUGGGGAGCUCUAUUCAAUGGGCAUGCUGGUGAUGGAACUGCCAGUGUUAUGAUGGCAACCUUAUUAUUCAUAAUUCCAAACAAGAAGCAACCAGGGGAGAAAUUGAUGGACUGGAACAAAUGCAAGAAAAUACCAUGGAACAUCAUAUUACUACUAGGGGCUGGUUUUGCCAUAGCUGAUGGAGUCCGAACGAGUGGCCUAGCCGAUGUGCUGUCCGAGGCGCUCGGCUUCCUGGAGAAUGUGCCGUAUUUAGCGAUCGCCCCGGCCGUAUGUCUCAUCAGCGGGACAAUCACAGAAUUCACAUCAAACAAUUCCACAGCCACUCUUGUUAUCCCGCUUCUUAUUCAAAUUGCACAAACAAUGCAUGUCCACCCGUUGCUUCUUAUUGUCCCUGGUACCAUUGGAGCACAAUUUUCUUACUUAUUGCCAACUGGAACACCUUCAAAUAUUGUGGGAUUCACUACUGGGCAUAUUGAAAUCAAUGAUAUGAUUAAAACUGGGGUGCCACUAAAGAUUGCUGGAAUUGUGGCUGUGUCCAUUUUAAUGCCUACACUCGGGGCUCUUGUUUUUGGGACAGACAAACCGCUACUAAAUUUUUCAAGGAAUUCUUUGUAA